AAAUCUACAUUUUGCUUAAGAGAAAUAAAUUACAGAGGAAUUUUGAGAGAGGAAUUUAUAUAUAGAUAGAGAAGAGAAAAUGUCGUGGCAAACAUAUGUAGAUGAACACUUGAUGUGUGAAACAGAAGGACAUUAUCUUACAGCUGCUGCAAUCAUUGGUCAUGAUGGAAGUGUUUGGGCUAAGAGUGAAAAGUUCCCCGAGUUUAAGGCGGAGAACAUUACAGGUAUAAUGAAAGAUUUCGAUGAACCAGGGCACCUUGCCCCAACCGGCUUAUUCCUUGGUGGCACAAAAUAUAUGGUAAUCCAAGGAGAGCCUGGAGCUGUGAUCCGUGGAAAGAAGGGUGCGGGUGGUAUCACCGUAAAAAAGACUACUCAGGCUCUGAUCGUUGGUGUGUACGACGAACCAAUGACUCCAGGACAAUGCAACAUGGUUGUGGAAAGGUUGGGGGAUUACCUCAUUGAACAAGGCCUUUAGGUGGUCUAUGAAUUUCAUACUUUCUUCUGGUUCUUUUUGUCUUUCGGAUGUACUUUGUUUUUAAUCUUUGUUGUAAGUUCAAAUUUUGUUGCAUGUUACGACUCUAAGCUUGCAAGAUUCUUCCUUAAUAUAUGCUGCCUUCAUUAAAUUGAAUUGGCAGUAGAAUUUGUGCAGACAAUAUAUCCUUUUCAUUUGUGAGCAUAUGAAAUGGUAGUUUUCUUAUUUGCA